AUGUCCACCGUAAACAAGAAAUUAGCCAUGUUCGAAAAGUUGGAAGCCAAUGCCCAACGAGAAGAACAUGUUCUCAACGGAGGACUCGCUGCUGGGAAUCAAUCUGUUUCAUCACCAAAAUCAUUGUCAUCAUCAUCAAAACAAAGCAAGCCGAAACAACCACCGCACAAUCUUUCGCCAACAACUAAAACUUCAUCUCCACCUCCUUUCAAUAAGAAUGUCGCGUCUUUUAAUUCUUCUUCAUCGACCGUGACAAAUACGUCGUCAUCCAUGCCAAAGAGCGCAUCUUCUUCCAAGUCAUCACCAAAUUUAACUCGUUCUGCCACCGAUUCUGUUUCAUCAUCAAAACCAAAACCAAGACCAUUGUUCUCGACUUUGACGGUUUCGAGCAACAACAACAGCACGGCGACGACGUCACAACCUCCUCGAUCGUCCAAUUCCAACUCUCCUCCUCCCAUUCCACAACACACCUCUUCAGCCAAAGUCAUGUCCAAGAACAGAGUUGGCUCUGUCGAGACUUCGACAACUCCAAAGACUCCGGAAGUGAAAGAAAAUUAUUUUGAUUCCAUUACCCAAAAUGUACCAAAAAGUGAAAUCAAAAUUUCUGCUCCUAAAGGCAUGACUCAUGUGGCACACAGUACUGCCAAAGAUCCAACGGCUGCAUUCAAGCAUCAACGAUCUGCAAGUGAAAUUUCAUUGAAAAAACGAAAUGCUGUGAAUUUUGAAAAAAGCACCACAAAUAGCUCAUCAACAAACACCAAUGGUUCAAACCAUCCUGGAUCUCCCAUUCAAAAUUCUGUUUCGACCUCUUCAGAAACCAAUUCGUCGUCACCUUCAUUGACACUUAAUGCCACUCUGUCACUGGUCACCAACAAAUUCACAAGUGCCAUGGGGGCCAUUACGGAAAAAGUGAAAAAUACCUUUACAAAUAAUAAUGAAACACUUGCUGUGACGACAACACCACCAACACCACAAAAUACGACAUCCUCAUCAUUGUCUCCUUCAUUGCCAUCUUCAAAGUCAGGAAAGAAAGCCACACCCAAACCAAAACCAAAAGCAUUACCUCCAAAACCUUCCAAUGUGAUUCGUAUUGCUGCAACUCCUACGAUUAGUGUAAUUAUUCCAGAAAAUGAAGCCUCUGAACACGAUAGAGAGCUGGAAAUUAAGAGAAUGGAUUUGGAAAAAAGAAAGACUAUCAUGAAUCAUAAAAUUGUGGAAGAAGAAAAGAGAAAAUUGAAAGAAAUGAAAGAAUCUGUUCUUCAUGAACAGGAAAUGAAGAGAAAAGAACUUGAGGAAAAUUUAAAGAAAGAAGAAAAGAAAAAACUUGAAGAAUUGGAAUCAAAACUUGUUUCUUUCACAGAGCAACAAAAAGAAGAACAAAUUCGCAAAUUAAAAUCAGAAGAAGCUAAAAAGAGAGAGAAAAUGAUGAGUGACAUGGACAAGGAAGCUAAAAAACGUCUCAUGGAAAUUGACCAUGAAAUUAUGAAAGAAAAAGAACAACGCUUGAAGCAAAUCAAUGAAGAAAUCAAAAAAGAAGAGGAACAAGCACGUCGAGAAAUUGAAAACAAAUACAAGGAAGAAGAAUUGAAAAAGAAGAGGGAGUUACAAGCUCGUAUCGAACGUGAAGAGAAGGAAAUGCUUUCACGUAUUCAAAAACGUCUCCAGGAGGAAGAGGAGAGAAAACUUCAAGAACUUAACAUGAAGCUUAAAGAAGAAGAGAGACAACGACUUGAGAAAAUUCAAAACAAUUUGAAAGAAAUUGAGAGCAUGAAAAGACAAUCUGUCAUGUAUAAGGAAGCUUCACAAUUGAAACGAAAAUCAGUUUCAUCACGUCUUGUUCAGGAAGAAGAAGAAAAACUCAAGAAAUUGGCGGAAGAAAUGAAACAAGAAGAAAUGAAACGAAUUGAAGAAUUGGAAAAGAAAAUGAAACAAGAAGAACAUGAAAGAAAGUUGAGACUCAAACGAGAGUUGGAAAAGAUGGAAGAAGGACAGAGACAAUUAUUGAUUCAACAACUUGAAGAAGAGAAACGAAAACUUCAAGAAAAAUUGCAAAAAGAAGCGGAGAAGGAAGCUGAAGAACAUCGAAAGAAGUUAUUACAGCAACAACAAAUGUCCAUUCAACAACAACCAUCCUCCUCCUCUGUUGCAUCUUCCUCAAGUGUUGCUUCUUCACAAAUUCCUCCUUCACCUCCGCAGAGUUCCUUAAUUCCUCCUCCACCUCCGAUGAUGAAUACUCCGAAAAUUGAAAUUCACAUCGAAAUGCCAGAAAUGCCAAGUGGUCGCUCCGAUUUAUUGGAAUCCAUUCGAAAAGGUACAAACUUAAAGAAAGUCAACCCUGAAGAGAUUAACAAACCAAAAACGAACGGAGGCGAUGCCAUUUCCAACAUGUUGAAAAAGGCACUCGAUCAGAAACGAAUUUAUUUGGCAGAUGAAAGUGAGGAUUCUGAAGAUGAUGACCAGGUCGAUGAUGGAUGGGAUUCUGAUGAUGAGGCUGUGAAAUUAAUUGAAUCUAAAAAGAAAGCUUUGGAUGCCUCAGAUUUUGAUUAA